AUGUGUUCGCCAAGUAGGUCGCUGCAUCGGCCCGCAGGCCUGUCGACGGUACCAGUGCUCGAGCUACCGUCGACGCCGUUGACAAGCGAGCGGCGUGGAGCGAGUCGCAUCUGCGACAGAUCCUCUACGGACACUGCCCUGGUGAUGACGGCGCCUCCGCUGGACCGUCGCAGCCGAUCUCGCCGCCACACCGCACUUCAUCGAACUCUUGUGGAAGGCGAGCAAUUUCUGUACCGCGGACGGCGUCGUCAGCUCGAGCUGGACGCUUUCCAGCAGCCACGGAGACUUGAGUUCGGAGUUGACGGCACCGACGAACUGCCACAAACUGGCCAUACUUCAGCGACCAUCGGCACCAACGCCGGAAACGAAGCCCGCGCCCCAGAAAAGACUCGACAGGACUCCAUGAAACCGGCGGCAAUGUACGGGUCCCGCGUCACGCUAACCCCUGUCCGUGCAUCACCGGCCCAAAGACGGCUUCUAGGAAGUAGCCUAGUGCUAUCGCCUGUGCGCGUCUCGAGUCGCCAAUCCCGAAACGCUCCCGCAUCCAUGGGCAGCGGUGCGGCUGCAAAGUCGCCGUCCACCGCAGACUUGCUUGCGGCUGCCAGUUGGGCGUACUCUCCGAACCGCGCUAUUCCACAGCCGCAAAGCGAUGAACCUGCAGUCAACGAAUCGCCUGUGGCGGGCCCUGCAGCGUCCUGGCGCCAGACGCUCGCUGCUCUCCGGCAGCUGGCCCUGAGCGGUGGCGGUGCAGCUGCCGCUGCUGUGGCGGAGUGCCCUCGCGAGGACCCGGCCUCCUGUGCUCAACGGGAACGUGCCAAACGAAAUGAUCCCAGAACUUGCACGCCCGCUGUGCAUGAUGCGCUGUCCGAAUUCUCAACACCAGAAAAGGGUGCACAGGGCGCUCGGUCAUCGACACACCACAGGAGCCUAUCACCCGCGUCACCGGCUGUCGCUGACAUCGAUGCAAUAGCGCUGGCCGGUGCUUCCGAGCCAGGUACGCACCCACUCAAGGCCGUCUCCACUGAGAAUGUUCCCGUUCUGCAUGCCAAGCGGGCAGCAAGCCGCACCGCUGGCAACCUGGCGAGGCUGGUGCCCGGCUAA